AUGAGCCGAAGCCGUUCCCCCUCUGUGAAUGAGACAUCGAUCACUACUGGUAGCAGGCUACCCAGUCCGCUGUCCAGAUUUUCACUCCAUAAACCAUUCCAACAAUUAAGUGGGAGCGGAGGUUCUUUCCAUGGCACAUCUCCUAAAACCAAGACACAACCUAGGUACCCAAUCGGUGGCUUCCCGCCGUCUAUGGACAGUCUUAAAGAAUAUGACAGCUCUGGAAGUGGAAGUGCGUCAACAAAGAAUUGGAAAAGCUAUGUAAACCCUGGGCAGAUAAAAUCAACGGGUCUCAAGUACUCUCUUCAAGUUUCUAAAGAACUUUCGAGUAUUGAUAAAAUCAACGACCCACAGAGAAAAGCUGUAAUGAUUGCUGGCAAAAAUCAUCUAGGGCUAUACGAUUUUCAAAAUGACAGCAAAGAGCUGCGAUGCGUUCACGAUUUCCUUUCUAACAGCAAGAAAACAUCGACUACUAUAAGAGGCACCAAGAAAAUAAGUACUAUCUCGGACGUGAAAGCAGGCUUUCAUAAUCAUAAAAAUUACGUUGCCAUCUGUGGGACUUCGAACUCGGUAUCAAUCUAUGACAUUAAUAGGGCAAGCUCUGCAGAAGGCUCUUUGGCAACCGUGCUUUCAAAGCACACAAGGUCGAUAAACAGUGUUGAUUUCAAUAUGUCUCAAAGUAGUCUAAUCAUUAGCGGUGGACAAGAUGGGUGCGUCAAAGUAUGGGAUCUUCGCUCAAGCCAAGGCGGUAAGAAUAAAAGUGAUAUCAGCAUAAACAGUGGAUCAGAUUCAGUGCGGGAUGUCAAAUGGAUGCCUUCAUUUGAUUUCGCCGGUUACGACAAUUCAACAGGAACAGCUAAUGGGGGUCAUAGGUUUGCCUCAAUACACGAUUCAGGACUUCUCUUGACGUACGACCUGCGACAACCCUCACAAGCUGAAAAAAGGAUAAAUGCCCAUUCGGGCCCGGGCCUUUGUCUGAGCUGGCACCCAAACUUUGAAUAUAUAAUGACAGGCGGCAGAGAUGGUAAAUGCUGCUUGUGGAAUGUUGGGGGAAAAAAUCAAAACGUCCCAGUUGGUGGUAAUGCCCAUCAUAGUAACUCCUUUGCCUCGUCGAAUGCUAGCUCGUUACUGACACCAGGGUACUCUAUGAACUCACCUAUGAUUGCGCCAGAUGUUGUUAUCAAUACUGCCCAUCCAUUGACGAAAUUGAAAUUCCAGCCAUCUUCAGUUGAUAAUGUUUUUAACUCAGUUAUUGCGCUAUCUUCCCUUGGUGAAAACUCCGAUGUGUCAUUGUAUUCGCUAUCUAGAGCUUUUAUUCCGAAGAACAUUUUGACCACAACUACGCCUUCUUGUGGAUUUGUGUGGUGGGAUGAAAACUCUAUUUUCAACAUUGACAAACAGAACAUAAUCACUGGUUGGGAUCUUAGCCAAGAGCCUAUUGCUUUAGACAAUUUGAGAAAAAAUGUCGUCAGUUGGCGAGAUAUUGAGGGCGAUGGUAUGCUUUUCUUUGUGCAGGAUAAGGGUGGAUAUGAAUUAAAUCAAGGUAGCUCGUCACAAGCCAAUCAUGCAUCCUCACAAAGUAAAGUUAGCUCAACGUCGGUCCAUAACAUGCUUUCCAAUAGCGCCUUAAGGCAUAACUCAAGCACCACCUCGUUUCCUGCUCUUUCCUCGCAUCAUGGCUCAAGUGCUACCUUUGGCGAUCGCCCGUCUUUCCCGCGCACUGGUACGUCGUACAAUAAUAAAAGUAUCUACAAUCAGACGUUUGGAUCUUUCAACAGUCAGCAUAAUCAGCACCAUAAUUCCAUAGCCUCCAUCAGCUCCUCAUCCACGACACCAGAACUAUUUACGGAGCAGUUGUCCCCUCAACUCGUAUCACUCGAUUUGCCCCAAAUACUCAACAGCAUUAUGAGCUCAAGAACAAAAAACACAGCUAAAACUUCGAACCUGGCGGAACUAUCAGCCCUCAAAGAAUCACCUGUGGAAGUUUUCAAAUUUCUAGCGCGAGAACUUAAAUUUUCUUACAUGCGAGAAAGCUUGGACGUUAAAAAUGAAGGCAAAUCUGAUGCCAUUACUCCUCAAAGUGAGGUUGCCCAGAGUGAUGACGACAUUGACAUAAAGACGCACCUAAUCAAUCGUUUCGGCUUGGCGGAGGAUAAUACGUGGACAAAAUUUAUACGGAAAGGUAUCGCACAUGAGAAAGAGAAUACGAAGACUGAGAAUAAUGAUACAGCAGGCGCAAAGGAACAAGUAGAACCGGAAUCUCUGAGAAGCGAUGCAAGCUUAGAUGAUUAUUUGGGUAAACUAGAAACACCGGUGCAGCCAAAACAACAAACAGUUGCAGAUGAAAGUAAUAUCUCGGAAGUCAAGCAAAGAAUUGAACAUCUCAUUGAGCUCAUUUCAAUGUGCGAUCACAAUGCAGAGACAUAUCUAUACGUUAAAGACUUGGGGAAUUUCAAAACCUGGAUGAUGAUGAGGGAUGCCUUACUUUGGGAUUUGAAGCAAAUUGCUGAAAAGUCUAAGCUGGAAAUUACAGGUCCUUUUUCAAGCGUACCUUGGGAAGACACAGAUUCUGCAGGUGGAACACUUGCAAUGCGCAAACCAUCUGUAGCUUCUGAAUAUAGCAGUUUCAGUGCUAGUGAAAUAGCUUCUGACACAAGAUCACAAUCUUUAGUGAAGAAUCGAGAUUCCUUUCUUUCGGGAACUUCUCCAAAAGCAGUUUCAGGAUCUGACAUGAGAGCUAGGAUGGACUCAAGCUUCUCUGAGGAGAAAGCUACGGGUUCCAGCAUAGAAAGAGAAACUACCAACCUAAAGCAUAGCUCCUUAGCAGCAAGUUUGGACGAGUUGCGGAUACGGAAGUCAAUAGAUGGCGACAAUGAUGAAAGCGCGAUUGAGGAUGAUGACGAUGAUCAGAAUAUAGAUAGUAGGAGCAUACUGCGCGGUAGCCCAGUAUCGCACGAGAAUAGCAUGCCAAUCUUACCUAAGACGGGAAGGAAAAUAUCGUUUAUCGACAACUUCAUUAGCACUUUGAGAUCUCCAAGAGGUGGCCAUUAUGAUUUCGAAGCAGAAAGAAAUAGGACGUCUAAUUCGCUAAGCACAAAAAAGUCCUCGCAACUAAGCUAUAGUUCAUCCUUUUCCGGCGCUGUACCGAAGCGACAUGUUGAUUCUUCUCCAAAGCGUGAAGUACACUCUACAGCAGCCAACGAUCUGUCGACUAGUCCAAAUCAAAGAUCUGGGGAUUUCAUGGCUACGAAGAAUGGUCCUAAAUACAAACUGAAGGCUAAAAAUUCAAAGAUUAGUCAAAUGCUCAAGGGACGCAGAAAAAGCGAAACGGCACCUCCUUGGGAUUCUGCCAGGUUGAUUAAAAAAAUAUUCGAGCAGUCUGUGGAGACUGGAAAUGUUUUACUUACCAUUACUAUCAUUCUUUUGUUUCAAACGACAUUUCAUAUCACAAGUACAUUGGUGGUAAAAGACGCGUUGGCGGAGUUCUUGAAUUUGCUCCACAAAUAUGAACUUUUUGAAAUAGCCGCUGAUCUGCUAAAGUUCUGUCCUUGGGAAGACAUACUAGGAUCGGGUACUGGCCAGUGUACCGUCAGGAUAUAUUGUGAAAGGUGUAAGAAGUUACUAGUAAACGAGAGGUCCAAGGAGAAAUUCACCGAGCAAUGGCAGCAAACUGGUAACUCAGAUGCGAUGCAAAAAUUCGGAUAUUGGUAUUGUGACUCUUGCUGCAGACGAAAUACACUUUGUGUCAUCUGUGAGCGCCCUUUGAAAAAAUUGGCAUUGUGCAUUUUGAACUGCGGCCACGAAGGUCACUUUGAAUGUAUGCAAAAGUGGUUCAUGGAGGAGGAAAUGGAUGGGUGCCCUAGUGGGUGUUCCGGAACUCUUAUAUGA